UGUGAUUGAUUUAAUUACAAGUAAGAAAACAUACAGGGAGUGAAGGGUUUUACUUUAUUCAACCAGUGUUAGGGAAUGUGAGAAAAUAUAUUGCGAAAAUAUUUUGACUGAAAUUUGCUUGUGUUUGUCUUUGGUAUUUUUUUUGUCUGUUCACCUCCAUGUGUACCAGGCAUUGUUAAGUCAGACAAGUGCUCUAAUAGCAUGUCUCUAGACAGAUCGAAAACUUAACAGUUCAGCGUGAAAAAAUUAUUUAACAGUUCGGCAUGACGGUUCGUAAAAUGUACUAAAUUUAGAAAGGAAAUGGGAAAUUGUAUAUUGAUUUCGGAACUAUAUCCCUACGCCUACGUUAUUCAGAAGGUAAGGAAUGAUAUUGCGGGGUUGUUGAUUGUAUUAUUCUGUAGCUCCUGAAAACAUGAAUGGAAACCAGAUGAUAUUUGUAUCGAGCUACUAAUAUAAAUGUCGCAAGAUGAGCUGGUGGGCGCGGUAAAUGUAUUAUUUUGUGCUCGUUUAAUACGUACGAACUCUACUAUGGCUAUGCUGACCUUUUCAGCUUUUCUACUAUGAAAUGCAAAACCUUUUGCUAGCAUGCCUUUCUAGCUAAUUCCGAGAUAUAUACACUUUCAAAGCAUGUAUGUCAUGGUAUGACCUAUUUUUGCAGAACCUUUGUUAUUUCCAAAAGCAGCAGUAAGUUGUGAAGGAAUAGCACACGGUCACGGUGCAAACCUUAGACCCGCUUAAAUCUGGUGAAGUAUAGCUCGCACUUCAGUCUUAUUAGUCGCUGCAGUGAUAAGAAGUGGUUUGGACAAGCUUUUAUGCAGAUUGUUCAGUUAAGAUAUCUGAUAAACAUCGACAUUCGAGACAGUAAAAGCAAUUAAAAUUCCACGGCCAUAAUAAGUAGGACUUUGAGCGGAAAGAACGCCUGAUCUCGUGGCUGAUAAUUCGUUGAGCCUAUAAGAAGUGUCAGCACCUGGACCAACUUUUACUUAAGUCAACAUUGGCGUAAGAAGAUCGUGACUAUGAAAUUUCAAGAGCAUCUAACGUCGCAUUUGACACCGGAAUGGCGUGUUCAAUACAUUCAAUACGAGAAAAUGAAAGAAAUUCUUUAUGAUGCUCUGGAGAAAAUGCCAUCAGAUGAGGAGGCUGACCCAAGCAUAAAGGAACAAUACUUUGCCCAAUUUGAAGAACAGUUCUUUAUGUUCUGUGAUAAGGAAUUAGAAAAAGUUAAUACCUUUUUUGCAGAGAAAAUCGCCGAGGCUCAGCGAAAGUUCACGACAUUAAAGAACGAAGCGGAAUGUGGCGGUUACCUUUCCGCGAAGUCAAGUUUGAAUCAAAUACGGCGUGGUGCUAUUGGAGGAGUGGUUCUAGACGCGAAUGUUAAGAAACUGCUAGCGAAAAGCCAUCGCAAGGCGAAGAAUUUAAAGCUUGCAUUUAGUGAAUUCUAUCUCAGUUUGGUUUUGCUGCAGAACUUUCAGCAACUGAAUUUUACUGGCUUUAGAAAAAUUUUGAAAAAACAUGACAAGCUUUUCGAAACUCAAAAUGGUUUGAAUUUCAAGAAGAAGGUCCAAAAAGCUCCGUUUUUUGUCAACAAAGGAGUGGAUACCCUCAUUAGUGAGACUGAGAAUAUCUUUAUCAAUGAACUGGAGGAAGGGGAUCGUUCGAAAGCUAUGAACCGUCUUCGUGUCCCACCUUUGACGGAACGUGAGAAACGUAGCUGGGUGAUCUUCCGUGGUGGACUUUUCUUCGGAAUGUUUCUCGUGUUAAUAGUCGUUAUAAUUCUUGGAUUUGGAACUAAAGGAUAUGGCGAUGAAUGGAUUCCAAUAUUGAGAAUGUAUCGUAGUGUGUUCUUGUUGGUAAUGAUGAUAUUCCUCGUCGCAAUAAACACAUGUGGUUGGCGGUCAGCGGGUGUUAAUCAUGUCUUGAUAUUUGAACUCAAUCCCAGGACUCAUUUGACUUUUCAACAAGUUAUGGAGGCAUCAGCUUGUUUAUCAGUGAUAUGGUGUUUGAGUCUUCUUGCUUAUAUAUAUCACAACGAUAUUGGCAUAUACCCUUUCACUCCUCCAUUAGUAAUGGCUAUUAUCAUAUUGGCAUUUACUUUAAACCCGUUCAAAUGCGGCUUUUACGGUGCGAGAUGGUGGCUUUUAAAGAUAGUGUAUCGCGUUAUCACUGCUCCAUUCCAUUCUGUUGGUUUCGCUGAUUUCUGGCUUGCAGAUCAGAUGAAUAGUCUAAACACGAUGUUUUUAGAUAUUGAAUACAGUUUUUGCUAUCUUGUAUACGGCUGGUAUAGUUCUGGGGAUACGUGUUCCACCAAUAUAUAUGGUAUAAGACCAAUCGUUCUUUGUCUACCAGCCUGGUUCCGUUUCGCGCAAUGUCUAAGAAGAUACCGCGACACAAAACACGUUUUUCCGCAUCUCGUUAAUGCUGGCAAAUAUUCUACGACGUUUUUCAUUGUUCUGUUUUCUUCUCUUACAGCGAUGGAAAAAGAUAAAAAUAGUUCAUAUGUGGGAGCAUUUUUUAUAUUAUGGAUAAUCAGCACAUUUAUUGGCACGUGCUAUACUUUAACGUGGGAUCUCAAAAUGGAUUGGGGCUUACUGGAGUGGAAUCUUUCUGAAAACACCUUAUUACGUGAAGAAAUUGUAUACCCGUAUAAGUUCCUUUAUUACUUCGCCAUUGUUGAGGACUUCAUAUUUCGUCUCAUUUGGACAUUGAACGUAUCCGUUGGAUAUAAUGGGACAGUUAGCCAGGAAUUAAUGACCAGUAUUCUUGCUGUUUGUGAGAUAUUUAGACGAUUUAUUUGGAAUUUCUUUCGACUCGAGAACGAACAUUUGAACAAUUGCGGCGAGUUCCGUGCAGUUCGCGAUAUCUCGGUGAUGCCAAUGGAUCCUGAUGAUCAUAUUUUACUUGAGGCAAUAAUGGACGAUGAGACGGGUCCACCUCGGGCAAGCAAUAGCCGUGUUAAUGCAAAAGCUCAAAAACGAUCAACCAUCAUAAGCAAUUCAUCUAACCAUACCUCGGUUGUAUAGGGGUGGGAAUUGAUCAUCGGGGAUUAUUAUAGUCCUCGCGAAAGUGCUGGGAUGUCACUUGACUAUAAAGAUGGGAAGGUUCGAAGAAAAUAAUUUAUUCCACGAUAACUCCAAAAACCUUCACAAAAUUCAAGGUACACCUGUCUUGUAAACCCCUUGCAUCUCAGAGGCAUUGUACCUAACGGUUUUGGGAAACCAGAACUAUAUGAGCCGUUUAUCGAGGCUAAGAGGGGACACAGCUUCCCUUCCUUCCAAAUAGCAGGAAAUCGUUGCAGCAACUGGGAGCUGCAAAAGACUCGGUCAAAUUAAAUAAGCCCGCGUAGAUAUAUAUUUAAGACAUUCUACAGAUGUUGUAGUGUGUCAUAUAUUUAUUUUAUUCUAUAAACUUGUAGAAUAUUAAAAUUUUAGAUGUUAUAUAAAAAGUUUAAAGGUUAAUUGAGCCAGCCCAUGGAAAAUUAUUUGGGCUUUAAACAUUCGAUAAGUUGGGUUUGGAUUCCGUUUACGAACGAGGUGAUUUUUUUUUAUAAAGAAAGGUGUUUGUUAGAAUUUAUAUUUACAAAUUAUAUGAAAUAAAUAGGAUCUCUUAUUCAUUGUCGA